AUCGUUUGUGAUUCAUUCGUGACUCAAGUUCGACCAUGCUGCUCUAACCAACCAUGCGCCCUUGAACAUGAGAUCUCAGCCCUCUCGCAUGAACUUCGACUUUCCUUGAUCUCUCCGCAUCUUCAACAAUGGCUUCCGCGGGGUCCCAAGUGGCCGAGCUUGCCUCCAAGCUCUACGAUGCAUGCGUGAGCGAGUUCGACCCGGACCACCUCUUCUACCAGAACGAUUUCCUCAAUCUCAAAGUGAUUCCGAAGAAUGACGUAGCAUUGCUGUUGCAAUGCACCCAGAGCUUGGUCGAUCAAAAUCUCUUCCGACUCCUCCAGAAAGAUGGAAAAUUGACCUGGAGGCUGAUUGACCGCGAGGACGCUGAGAAACUCCGCAACCUCUCUCCCGACGAGGCCAUGGUCUACAAUGUCAUUCACUCGACAGGACGGACAGGCAUUUGGGUGCGACACAUCGGAAGCCGCACGAACUUGCACAAGUCAAUCCUCGACCGCUGUCUCAAAUCCCUCGAGGGCAAAAACUACAUCAAAUCUCUACACAAUGUCAAAUACCCCAGCCGGAAGAUGUACAUGCUGGCCGGCCUCGCCCCAAGCGAGGAGGUUACAGGCGGAGCGUGGUUUACAGACGGUGUGCUAGAUGCCAACUUCAUCAACACUGUCGCCGGCUUCAUCGAAUUCACAGUCAGCAAAUUGAGUUGGUACGAAGUGCCUGCCUCGGACAGCGGCCGGAACAAGCGCAUCAAAACCGCCUCUGGAAAGGCCGACGUCAAAUCCGAAGAAAAAACUUACCUCCCCUACCCGCACGGCUACAGGGGAUACCCAAACGUGCAGACGAUCACCGCCGCUGUGAACAGCAGUGGCAUCACUCCUGUGCGCCUGGGAGAUGAGAGCGUCGUCCAAUUGAUGGAGAUGCUCUGUUACGACAACAAGCUCGUCUCCCUAGGAGGCGGCGAAUUUUACCGAUCCCUCCACAGCCCCAACGUCGUACAGGCCAACCAAAAACGCAAACCACCCACCGAAGGCGACGACCUCGCUAUUGCCAACAAGCAUCUGGUAAAGAACGGUAUGACCGAAGCACCAUGCGGCCAGUGCCCAGUCUUCCGACUCUGCUCGCCCGGCGGCGCAGUCAGCCCAGAGACCUGCGAGUACUUCGACCCCUGGCUGAGCAACGGGCUCGGCUUCUGAGUGGCCAUUUUCCACGAAUAUCUGAUUUCGGCGCACUGAAUGUUCCUGUGUGCCAACACGUUUGCAUGUAAGAAAAAAACGGGGAUAGGUGUGCAUAGCGCUGGCGUUUUCGACUUGAUUUGGUUAGGCACUGGCUUUCCCUAGAUUGGGGGCUUGUUGCACAUUGCUUGGACGUACGGGAGGGAUCUUGCGAAGGAUUUCUCCUUCUUGGUCCCAUCCCUUGGGGAUGGGAUGGGGUUACAGG